GAUUUCUCUUAGUUUAGUCGUUGUCCAAUCACCGCUGAGCUUGUUAGAUUGUUACAGAGAGCAACAAGAAGUUUUCAAAAUGGGGCUUGAAAGUACUAUGGUUUGUGUGGACAAUAGUGAAUACAUGAGAAAUGGAGAUUUUCUACCAACGAGGCUACAGGCUCAACAAGAUGCUGUCAACAUCGUUUGCCACUCCAAAACAAGAAGCAACCCUGAAAACAAUGUGGGCCUCAUCACAAUGGCAAAUAAUUGCGAGGUCCUGACCACACUGACUCCAGAUUCUGGGCGCAUACUGUCCAAACUCCAUGCUGUCCAGCCCAAAGGAAAGAUUUGCUUCUGCACAGGCAUCAGAGUGGCUCAUCUGGCCCUAAAACACAGACAAGGAAAGAACCACAAGAUGAGGAUCAUCGCUUUUGUUGGGAGUCCUGUGGAAGAUAAUGAAAAAGAUCUUGUUAAGUUGGCAAAGCGUUUGAAAAAAGAGAAAGUGAAUGUGGAUAUUAUCAACUUUGGAGAGGAGGAGGUGAACACAGAGAAGCUGACUGCAUUUAUAAACACUCUAAAUGGGAAAGAGGGGACUGGCUCCCACCUGGUCACAGUCCCUCCGGGGCCCAGUCUGGCUGAUGCACUGCUCUCCUCUCCCAUCCUGGCUGGUGAAGGAGGCUCUAUGAUGGGUCUUGGUGCUAGUGACUUUGAGUUUGGUGUAGAUCCCAGUGCUGAUCCAGAGCUUGCCCUGGCCCUGCGUGUAUCAAUGGAGGAGCAGCGACAGAGGCAGGAAGAGGAAGCUCGCAGAGCUGCUGCUGCUUCUGCAGCUGAAGCAGGCGUGCCCACACCCAGCGCUGAUGAAUCAGAGGAGGCCUUGUUGAAGAUGUCGGUAUCCCAGCCUGAGAGCGGUGCAGCAGUGCUUCCUGACUUCAGCAGCAUGACAGAGGAGGAGCAGAUAGCUUAUGCCAUGCAGAUGUCUCUUGCUGGAGGAGAGUAUGGAGAAAUGGACACAGGAGCUCCCAUGGAUACAGCAGAUUCAGCAAAGGAGGAAGAUGAUUAUGAUGUGAUGCAAGACCCAGAGUUUCUUCAGAGCGUCUUGGAGAACCUGCCCGGUGUCGACCCAAACAACGAGGCCAUCCGCAACGCCAUGGGCUCCCUGGCCUCCCAGACAGGAAACAAGCCAGAUGGUAAAAAGGAUGAAGAGAAGAAGAAAUGAGGAGCAAGUCGGCUUCAAAUAUCCACUGAACAAUUGCUGACUAACGCAGGAUUUAAAUAUACAAAGAAGAUGGUCCAAGCACGAGACAUCACACUGACAUUUAAUAUUGUUUUCUGUCAGAUAAAAGCACCAACUUAAGGAUUAUUUAGUGUAAAAAUCUGAAUGCCAAGUAACAUUUAUUGAUAUCCUCUUUAAAAUAUAGCCCCCCCCCAUUUUCUCUACCUGGUGUAAUUUGCUGAUGAAUGAACAAAGGAGAAACGAUUUGUGAUGACAGGCUCCUAAACAGUUAGCCACACACCUGUCAUGUCUUUGUGUGUUUUUGCAAUAAAAGCUAUGUAUAAAUACGA